AUGUUCAAAAUUUACUUGUUUUGCUUCCUCGUCGCCUGUGUUUGCUUAGUCACAGAAGCUCAGUUGACAUUCACGUCGAGCUGGGGAGGCAAGCGGUCCAUGAUGGGAGCCAUGCCUUGCCGGAACGAUGAGGCGAUCUCCAACAUUUACAAAAUGAUUCAGAACGAGGCAGAAAGACUACUCCUUUGCCAGAGGCCUUGA